UCUCAUGUUAAGCGCAUCGUCUUCGUGAUGUUUUCAACCGACUCCUUCCUGGCUAGGUACAAGCCUGCAACUUCGGUAGUCAAAGGAGCAGUUACCUGUGGAUCAACAGAUCAACGUAGAUCCGAGCCGUGAACGCACGACGCACGGCACGUAAAUAGAUCGUCAAUUGCGUUAUUCUCAGCUUCUAGUUAGCUCUCCUCAAUUGAUCAGGUUCCAGGUUCAGUCUCCUAAGGAUUCGCAUACUAGUCGAUACUAACUUGGUAUCGUGGGAUCAACAGGAAUGACCAGCCGCGAAGCACACACCGAUGCGUUUAUGACGAAUAUCUAACUAAACGGCAUGCCUAUAAAGAGUCACGUGCGUAAAGACGGUGAGAUGCGUCAAGCAGCUGUUGUCGGCUGUCACUCCAGCACUUAGUAGUAAUAUUCCUCGACCUCCAUCGGGACCAUGGCGGCCCCCGACACCUCCGCGUUCACCAACUCAGCUCAGGUCUUUACCUCGCACACGCUUCCUCAAAUCCGCAUCAUCCACAAGGCCCUCCAUGUGCAGAUCGACGAGAAGUCGGCCCGCUUGCGCACCCAGGUCGGGAAUAGCUAUCGAGAGCUGCUGGGAACUGCCGACACCAUCGUACAGAUGCGGCAAGAUAUGGUCGCUGCACAGGAAAUCCUCGGUCGCAUGGGUGGCAUGUGCGGGCGGACCGUCGUCGACAGGAAGCGCGCGGGCCUAAGUAAGUUCUACGGUGGGGGAGACGCCGAGGAGCAUACAGGCCAUGCUGCGAGGGUCAAGCUACUAGAUGCCUGCGGGCAUGUCGUGGGCCGAUUAUUGAAGGGGGGGGCAGACGGUAGAGGGGACCGAUUGGUGCUAGCAGCGAAAGUCCUCGUCCUAAAGACACGAUUGCUGAGAUCGAGUUUCGGCGCGGUUGAUGACGCCGCCAAGGAUACCCGGGUCGUGGUAGAGGGAGCGUGGAAAAGCUUAAAUAGCCAACGGAGAAGGCUCCUCAGAGUAGCCGAGAAAGUAUUGGCGAAACACGGCGACGAUGGGGGCCGGGAUGAUAUCCUGAAGGCCUUGACUGCCUACAGCUUAGCCUCUAGCUCCGGAGCGAGAGACGUCCUACGGCAUUUUCUAAGCGUGAGGGAGAAAGCUAUUACAUAUGAGUUCGAUCCGGAAGAACGUGAGAAGGAGAGAAAGGUAGAAAGAGUGUUGAGGGGCCUCGAUUUAUACACGAAAACGUUGUUAGACGUGCAAGCCCUGGCCCCCAACAGACUCUCGGAUGCAUUGUCACGAUUAAAGAAGCAGCACCUGCUAGCAGACGAGUCGCUCCAAGCACUGGAGGAUCUUCGGCUAGAUAUACUUGGGAGGUGGUGCGGCGAUGAGAUCAAGUACUUCACUCCCUUCAUCCUCCACGACGACCUAGACGGCAAGCAAGCCAAGGAGACACUCGCAGACUGGGCGCACAAAGGCGGCGAGAUUCUUGUCCAAGGUCUCCGGACGACCCUCGAGCGUGUCUCCGAAUUUAAGACCAUCGUGGAUCUGCGAACCAGCAUAAUUCGGCGCUGGACUCGGGACGGGGGCAAAGCCCGGGGUUUCGACCCAUCCGUCAUGCUCAACGGAUUACGGCAAGCCAUCAACGACCGUCUUCUGCACAUCUUGGAGACAAAAGUCUCCAAGCUGAAGUUGGUCGGGUCCGAAGUGACCGCAACAUUGGAAGCAUGGCCAUCGGGGACGACCGACCAACGUCGUAGCUUAUGGGAUGAGGAGAUGCUCGAUAUGGACAUCUCUAGCGGCGCAUCUCUCAUCACGGACGAGGUCAUCUCCCGCUUGUACGGUAGAGAUAAUGCUGUGUCCCGGGUGAUCGCAAGCUACGAGUCAUGGCGCCAUCUCAUCGACAGCGUUGGCGAGUUAGUAAGCCAACUCAGGUACCAACGUUGGGACGAUGACGUCGAAGAAAUAGAGGAUGAAGAUGUCAUUGCCGUUCGGGAAAAGCUCUUGAGCAAGGAUGACCCUGAGCUACUACAGCAAAAGCUGGACACGACCAUUGAGGACGUCUUCAACAAUCUCGACCAACAUCUAACAUCCGCCUGGCAGUCCCGACGGGAUAGUCCGGAUAACGGCACAAUAUCUAUGUAUUUCCUGCGGGUCCUAAGAGACAUCCGUAGCCGGUUGCCUAAGCUUGAAGGCAUCCGAGCUUUUGGUCUCGGCAAUGUUCCGUCCCUACACGAGAAGCUGGCAGCGAAUGUGUCUAUUUCUCCGCUCGAGGAAUUUAGCUCCGUUACCUUGACCAGAAAACGAGUAGCGGGCCGGGCCCUGUGGGAAGGUGAGCCUGCGUUGCCGGCACAACCGUCGCCUGGCGUCUUUAAACUUCUCCGCAACCUGGUCAUGUCCAUGGGAGACGCCGGUUUGGAUCUCUGGACACCCGCCGCCGUGGACGUCCUAAAGCAAACAUUCGGCAAGGAGCUCGCCAACACAUGGCGCAAGGAGUUGAGUUCUUACGUCGCAGACCGCCAAACGGCUAUCGAUACGGACGAGAACACCAACGGAGAAGAGUCCUCGACCCAGGAGGGGAAUAGCCCAGUCGGUGCUGGUGAGCAUCCCCCAGAAGGCGAGAAGGUGGUGAACCAGGGGAAGUCUAAGGAAAGCGGCAAAGAUAUUUUUAUCCAGUGGCUCUACGACAUCCAUCUCCUGCAAGAAUGUCUCAGCGCCAACACCGGCUCAGAAGAGACGUUCAAGACUUUGUUAGAGGAGGUGUUUAACGAGUGUGCUCUCGACGACGCGGCCAAGGAUAGGUUGGCAAGAGCAUCGCAGGACUACUGGAAGAGGACAAGCCUAUUGUUUGGGUUGCUGACACGACAUGACGAUCCACGAUCUCACGUACGCGGCUAAGAUAAUGCAAAUAUAUAGAACAUAUAGAGGGUGUGCUCGCAAUCGUAUCGAUACUUAUAGUUUGUGUUUCUUCUUGCCUGACGAGAGCUUCUGGAACUCCUGCUGCGGGAUCCCCGAGACAAACCUGUCCAAGCCGGCGAAUACUUCGGCGACGUUCUGCCUGUCGAGAAUCUCCCGGUCGGGCUUCCGGAUUAAGGCUUUGAUGCCGACCAGGCUGUCGCCGUUUAAGUGGUCGCCUAGGCUGUCGUCGAUCUCCUUGAAGACCAGGCGGAGGAAAGCGUCGGUGUCGCCCUCGGGGCAGUCGAAAACCUUGUUGGCGAAGCCGGUGCGCAGGAGGUCCUCGCUCGAGAUGCGCUUGCUCUGGAUGAGGGCCUCGUUGGCCUUGCUGAUGCCGAGGCGCUGGACGAGGGCGUGGGAGGAGCCGCCCUCGGCGACGAGGCCGAGGGAGGAGAAGGGCGUCAGC